GGAGCAUCGACGUCUGACUGUGGCCACGACAUGUUCACCGCGCCACGACCAUGGACAGCAUUGCGUGGGACCAGGUGAGCGCCGGAGACUUGGAGUCUCUGCGAGUCGCUCUGCUUUCCAGCUCCACUGCCCACCGAGGGCGAGUGCUACAGGAGAUCCGCGACAGGAAUGAGUCUGAGCUGCCUCCAGCUGCCCGCCAGGCGCUGCUGGGUCUGCUAUUUCAAACGUAUCCGCGGUACAUCGACCGACCGUCUCGCCAGGCGGUGCAGCAAUGCCUCCGCUCGUUCCUCCGGGUGCCGAUCCCGAUUGAUGGAUUGAAGGAAAUCGUCAAGGGGAUACAGACGGAGACGGCCAAGCCUGGGUUGGCCGCCUCGUCGGCGUUUGUGCUGGUCGAGUGGUGUUCGCUGUUGCUCCAGCUUCUGCGUGAGGAUCCGACGGUGCCUGUGCCGCUGGUGCUCGACCUCAUUGUGGCAGAUGCCAAGGCCCUGGAGAUAUGUUUCGCAGCCUCGCACCGACCGUCGGUGCCACAGUCGGCCCUGCGGGUGACCAGGCGUGCACUGCGGGCGAUCUUCUCGUCGGAGACUGUUGGGGACGAGGUCAUCCGCCAGGCGGUGGCCCGACUGACCAGCGAGGCGACGACGGGCUAUAGAAAUUCUCCGUUUUUGGGUGUGAUAUGCGGCGUGUGCUCCCGCCUACCGGCAAAGAAGCCGGUUCUUGAUGGGGAGAAGAAGAAGAUUAUGACCUACUAUGUCAAGGAGCUCGUCGGCUCCCGCACGGCCGUGUCUCCGCACGUUGCCCUCGGGCUGUCCGACUUCUUUGAAUCAUUUGUGACCUCGGAAGAUGUCCAGACGGAACUAGUGCCCACCUUGGAGAAGGCGAUGCUGAGGGCGCCCGAGGUCGUUCUGGGCGGCCUGAUCGCCGCGCUAUGCUCGUCACUGCCCGAGACUGUCGAUCUGUCCGAAGUCCUGCAUGCUCGGUUGCUCAAGCACUUCAUCUCGAGUAUGAAAUCCAACAAUCCCGUCAUCAGACAGGGCGCCUCCACUUCGCUUGAAGCGGUCCUCUCCAGGUGCAAGACAGAAUCAUGGCUCGCCAAAACCGCUGGCGAGAUCGUGAGCCCGCUCAAGACGCAGAAAAUCACCAAUCCAGACCACCGCGCGGUGUUUGCCCAGGCGCUUUUUGCUACGCCCACCUUUGUGGAAAUCUCCAAGUCGAUCGUCCAAGGACUUGUCCCUAUGCUUGCAAAGGAGUCCAGCGAGAGCGCUUUGGAGCAGGAACUUAAUGCCUUCUGCAAGCAUCUUGGGUUCCUUAUUCAAUCGUCUGUCCCAGUGACAGAUGACGUGGCGAAUGCUGUCGUCAAGGGCAUUGCGGACAAGAAAAUUCCAUCUCGCAAGCUCUGGCAGACCAGCGUGGGCGAGGUUCUCUGGAAUACGGACUUCAAACUUCUUUCCACCACCGAAAUGGAGCCCCUGGUUAACAAAUUCAUUGGCAAGAUGAAGGAUCUCUUCAACGAAGUGGCCGCAAACCCCCUGCCGUCAGCUCAGAACGGCUCUCUGUCUACAGUCUACAUCUUUAUGGCCCUCCUUGAACGUGUGUCUAGAUCCCAGGAAUCCAAGAAUUCAGGUUGGGAGGAUAUCGCUGCACAGUCAAUGACCUUGAGCCCGAAACCUUCUUUCCUCCUGAAUCCCAAAGCGUACUCGAAGUUGACAACCAAAGUCGAGUUCCAAUGGGUGGUUCGAGGACUCUCCGCAGUCGCAUCCGCGUCCAAAUUCGAACAAGCGAACGAUGCGGCUAAGAAUGCCUGGGCUCAGGCUUUCCUCUACGCGAUCACGGGCGCGGAGCUCCCUUCAAGCUUCAGAGAAACCGCUUCCCGUGCCUUGUCAGAUGUCUAUCUACGAAAUCCUGCUACCAUCGGCCGGGUCAUCACUGACGCUCUGUGGGCCUGGAUUCUGGCAUUUAGAACUGCGGAUAAGGAGUCCGCUGCGUUCUCAGCAGGGCCAUCUCACGUGAAACAUCUUAAUCUUGCAGUCAAGGCCAUCUGCCCUCUUGCAUCCGAUAUUGACGGAUCCGACAACGUCAAGUCCGUCCUCAAGACCCAACUCAUCAACCUUCUAGUUGUUGCCCGCCAAGAAAUGAUCCACAAUGUGUCCUGGAUUGAUUUAUGUUUGAGGACCGGCACAGAUCCGGGUGACCUCGUCCGUGAGGGCUCUGAGGAGAGCAUGAAGCAGCUCACCUGUGUUUUAGAUGACCCUGUGAAGGCCACCGUUCCUCAGGUUAACCUCGCGAUUUGGGCCGCCGCAGCAGAUCUAGCAUUCGUUGCUCCAGACGAAAUGGUUCCACACCUUGUCACUCAGAUCAGAGAUGACCUGGAUGUGGCCCGUGUCGCAAAGUUUACUCCAACGGACGCAGCCAUUGCCCGCACUCCCGAAGACACCAUGUUUGUCGAUGUCCUGAGCUCUAAGACUAAACAAGCCGUCUUCGACAAAAGCGCCAAGGAUUACGAUACUCUUAAAUGGGAGGAAGAACUGAGGGCGCAACUUGCCGAGAAGAAGGGCCAGAAGCCCAAGAAACUCACUCCGGAAGAGCAAUCCAAAGUGAAAGCCCAGCUGGCCAAAGAGUCGAAGAUCCGAGCGGACGUGUUGCAGGAAGUCAAGAGAAUCGAACGAGGCGCAGGAAUCAUCCGUGGCCUGGCUACCGGGCCUGCUGCUGAUGCUGAUGGCUGGAUUAACCCGGCAGUUAGCUCUCUCGUUGCGCUUGCCCGCGCGGGAGCUGGGCUGUUCGUCGGAGAUGCCGUCUCAAAGGCGUACGUUGCAUGUGCUGAGAGACUGACAUCCCGACUGGGUCCGCUGCGGCCAUUUGUUGGCAUUGCAACCCUGCGGUCCAUUGGUAAGACAAAUCUUUCUCCUGAACUGGAGUCGGAACACCUCGGAGAAUUGGUGACGAGGAUUCUCUACCGAUUGCGCUUUGCAUCCGAGCAGCGUCCUCUCGACGUCGCGUCUCUUGCUUACGUACUCCCCUUGAUCUUCCUUAUCUUGAACCAGAACGGAAUUGACGAGGUGAAGGGAGAAGGGGAGGGUGAGCAGACACUGCUUGCACUUGAAUUCUUGUCCUUCCACUCAGGCUUUUUCUCCGACGGCCGGCUGCCCCGUCUUGAGGUUCUGCAACACCUCCUAUCUGCAAUGCAAAGAUACACCCAGCAUUACAAGCUGAUCAAGGAUACCCUGUCUGAUUUCUGCAGAUGCAUCUCAGCCAAUAUCAACCCCGAGGAGCUCAACGUUCUCCUGCAGGGAACCAUUGUUCCGGAGACGUCUGUCCGAAGCUCGGUCCUACAAGUGAUUGAAGCUGAGAUUGACCUGACUGACCUGGAUUUCUCCGAGCAUAUCUGGCUCAGCUGUCAUGAUCAGGUGGAGGAAAACGCCGAGGUGGCUGAGACUAUCUGGGAGGAGAAUGCCCUGGAGCUUGAUGAAGCCGCUCUACCAAAGAUUACGAAAUACCUCGACUCAGACGAUUACCAGCUUCGUGGUGCCGCAGCACGAGCACUCGCUCAUGCUAUCAAGUCUAUGCCUUCCAAGUUUGGAGAUGUGUUGCAGGACUUGCAAAGCAAAUAUGAAGUCGAAUCAAGACCCAGGGCUCCCGAGACCGACAAGUAUGGAAUGCCGAAGAAGGUCGAUACUGCUGAUCAUUGGGAGAGCCGAAGCGGUAUCGCGUUGGCUUUCAAGGCCAUGACAGAUGAAUUUGAAGGCGAUCAGACCGUGUCCUUUAUGAGAUUCUUGAUCGAGAAGGGACCCCUAGUGGACAGAAAUUCCACUGUGCGAGGACAAAUGGCCGAGAGUGGAAGAUCAGUGAUCGCCGUGCGCGGUCAGCAGAAGGUCGAGCAGUUGAUGAAGCUUUUAGAAACCACUCUGGAGACCUCGGACAAGGCCACGGAAAGCUCCGAUCUUCUUAACGAAGCUGUGGUUGUUUUGUACGGCUCUCUCGCACGCCACCUGAAGGCAGACGAUCCUCGCUUGCAGACUGUCAUCAAGAAGCUACUUGCUACCCUUCCCACCCCUUCAGAGACCGUUCAAUCGGCCGUCUCUGGCUGUCUCCCACCAUUGAUCAGACUUUCAGGCCCCAAGGCUGCAGACUAUGUUCAGGAAAUGAUGGGCCAAUUGUUGGAGUCGAAGAAAUACGCGACUCAACGAGGUGCGGCAUAUGGACUUGCUGGAAUUGUGAGCGGAAAGGGUAUCUCGGCUUUAAGAGAGUUCCGUAUCAUGAGUCUCCUCAAAGCAGCAACAGAGAAUAAGAAAGAAUCCCACCAGAGACAAGGCGCUCUUCUGGCGUAUGAGCUCUUCUCCCUGAUCCUUGGACGGACCUUCGAGCCAUACAUUAUUCAGAUCGUACCCCAGCUCCUGGGCAGCUUCGGCGACCCUAGCAUCGACGUUCGUGAUGCCUGCCUAGACGCGGCCAAGACCUGCUUCGCCAAUCUCAGCUCAUAUGGUGUUAAGAAAAUCCUCCCCACUCUGCUCGAGGGUCUCGACGAUUCCCAGUGGCGCAGCCAAAAGGGUGCUUGUGACCUCCUAGGUGCCAUGGCCUAUCUCGACCCGCAGCAGCUGGCCGCAAGCCUGCCAGACAUCAUCCCUCCUCUAACCGUGGUGCUCAACGAUACCCACAAGGAAGUCCGCAAUGCUGCCAAUCGCAGCUUGCAGCGGUUCGGCGAAGUCAUCAGCAAUCCUGAGGUGAAGAGUCUGGUUGGAGUGUUGCUGAAAGCAUUGAGUGACCCCACGAAAUACACGGACGAGGCCUUGGAUUCCCUUAUUAAGGUGUCCUUUGUCCAUUAUCUUGAUUCUCCCUCCCUUGCGCUUGUUGUUCGUAUUUUGGAACGUGGUCUCGGUGACCGGUCUUCCACCAAGCGCAAGGCCGCCCAGAUCAUCGGCAGUCUGGCACACCUUACGGAGCGUCGCGACCUGAUCUCCCACCUCCCGAUCAUCGUGGCCGGAUUGCAGCAGGCAAUCAUCGACCCGGUGCCUACUACGCGUGCCACCGCUUCCAAGGCGCUCGGAUCUUUGGUCGAGAAGCUUGGAGAAGACGCGCUGCCCGAUCUCAUCCCCAACCUGAUGACCACGCUCAAAUCGGACACGGGUGCGGGCGACAGACUGGGAUCCGCCCAGGCCCUGUCCGAGGUUCUUGCAGGCCUGGGCACCACGAGACUGGAGGAGACGCUGCCAACGAUCCUGCAGAACGUUUCCAGCUCCAAGCCCGCCAUUCGCGAAGGUUUCAUGACCCUCUUCAUCUUUUUGCCUGCGUGCUUCGGAAACAGCUUCGCGAAUUAUCUCAGCAAGGUCAUCCCGCCCAUCCUUGCCGGUUUGGCGGACGACAUCGAGUCCAUUCGUGAGACUUCUCUCCGCGCCGGUCGCCUGCUGGUUAAGAACUUUGCCUCCAAGGCCAUCGAUCUAUUGCUGCCUGAGUUAGAGGGCGGUCUGGCGGACGACAGUUACCGCAUCAGAUUGAGCUCCGUCGAGUUGGUUGGAGACCUUCUCUUCAGCAUUACUGGAAUUACCGGAAAUGCCGAUGCUGAGGAAGAGGUCGAGGAGGCCAACCAGGCCGGACAGUCUCUCCUGGAGAUUCUGGGACAGGAGAAGAGAGACAAGGUCCUGUCUUCUCUCUUCAUCUGCCGCUGCGAUACCUCUGGUUUGGUCAAGAGUGCCGCUAUGGCCGUUUGGAAAUCCCUUGUGGCGUCCCCAAGAACGCUCAAGGAGAUGGUUCCCACCCUUUCGCAGCUUAUCAUCCGUCGCCUUGGAUCUUCCAACAUGGAACAGAAGGUUAUCGCUAGUAACGCGCUGGGCGAUCUUAUUAAGAAGGCCGGCGAAAGCGUGUUGUCAACUUUGCUGCCGUCUCUCGAGGACGGGCUCCAGACAUCUCCAGAUGUAGAUGUCAGGCAAGGUAUCUGUAUUGCCCUCCGAGAGUUAAUUACUUCGGCAUCCCCAGAGGCGCUCGAGGACUAUGAGAAGGUACUCAUCUCCACCGUUCGCAUUGCACUGGUCGAUGUCAACGAAGACGUCCGCGAGGCUGCCGCGGAAGCGUUCGAUGCCCUGCAGCAGAUUCUGGGCAAGAAGGCUGUUGACCAAGUUCUGCCGCAUCUCCUGCUUCUGCUGAGGAACGAUGAGAAUGCUGAACAAGCUCUGGCAGCGCUUUUGACGCUGCUCACGGAGCAAACCCGUGCCAACAUCAUCCUCCCCAACCUGAUCCCGACCUUGCUCACCUCCCCUAUCUCUGCUUUCAACGCCCGUGCGCUCGCGUCCUUGGCUGAAGUGGCCAGCUCGGCCAUGUCGCGCCGUCUGCCCUCUAUUCUCAACGCACUGAUGGACAAUAUCAUCUCCACAAAGGACGACGAGCUGCGGGACGAGCUGAGCAGCGCGUUCGAUACUGUCCUGGUUUCUGUGGAUGAAUUCGAUGGCCUGAACGUUGUCGUCAAUGUGAUGCUCACCCUUCUGAAGCAUGAGGAUCAUCGUCGCCGCUCUAGGGCCGCACUGCAUCUUGCCAAGUUCUUCGCCGAGGCCGACAUCGAUUACUCUCGGUACCACCAAGAUCUGAUCCGUGUCCUGUUGAUUUCCUUCGACGAUAGUGACAAGGACGUUGUAAAGGCCGCAUGGAGUGCACUGAGCGGACUCACUUCCCGCAUGCGCAAGGAAGAGAUGGAGGUACUGACCAUCCCAACCCGCCAAAUUCUGCGUCAGGUGGGAGUACCGGGGGCGAGCCUCCCUGGCUUCAGUCUCCCGAAGGGCAUCACUGCCAUCUUGCCCAUCUUCCUGCAGGGUCUUCUCAACGGCAAUAUCGACCAGAGAACACAGGCCGCCCUUGCUAUUGCAGAUGUCAUCGAUCGUACGGCUGCAGAUUCUCUCAAGGCAUUCGUCACACAAAUCACUGGUCCAUUGAUCAGAGUUGUAUCCGAGCGCUCGGUCGACAUCAAAUGUGCCAUCUUCUUUACUCUCAAUAAACUUUUGGAGAAGAUUCCACUAGCUGUCAAGCCAUUCUUGCCCCAAUUGCAGCGCACAUUCGCACGAGGGUUAGCUGACUCCACCAGCGAGACUCUGCGCAAUAGAGCUGCCAAGGGCUUGGGCAUUCUGAUCACUUUGACUCCAAGGGUUGACCCUCUGAUUGCCGAACUCAUCGCCGGGUCCAAGACCGACGAUUUAGGUGUUAAGAAUGCAAUGAUGAAGGCUCUCCAAGAAGUGGUUAGCAAAGCAGGGUCCAACAUGAGCGACGCGUCUCGCAAUGCUAUCCUCGGGCUUAUUGACGACGACGCGAGCGAUCAGACCGAUUCUGUGGCUAUUACAAAUGCCAAACUGCUUGGUGCACUCGUCAAAGUCCUGCCAGCUACGACCGCUGUGCCUUUGAUCAAGGGUCGCGUGCUUACAACCCACUUCACUCAUGCGUCUAUCUUGGGCCUCAAUGCUCUGCUCGUCGAGUCUCCUACCUCUUUAACUGAGAACUUUGCAGCUGAGACUCCCUCCAUCAUCUGCCAGGGUAUCGCUCACAAAGAUACCUUUAUUUCUGAAAACAGUGUACUCGCCGCUGGAAAGUAUCUUCUGACUGAAGGUGUCAACAGCAAUCCCGAAACCAACACAACUAUUUUCGAAGCUCUGGCGCCGGCUAUCCAUCCGAGCAGUGCGGCCGAUACUCGCCGACUGGCAUUGGUGGUGAUUCGAACAGUCAGCCGCCUUCAACACGAGCUCAUUGAGCCGCACCUGGCGCUGCUUGCACCCCCCGUCUUCGCAAGCGUGCGAGAUGUCAUCAUCCCCGUCAAGUUGGCGGCGGAGGCUGCCUUUUUGUCACUGUUCGACGUGGUAGACUCUGAGUCCUCCAUUUUCGACAAAUAUAUGGCCGGUCCAGGUGCUGAGCUUCCCCCGGGACCCAAACGAAGCAUGUCCGAUUACUUCAAACGGGUUGCUGUUCGCCUGGCGAACCAGGCCCGGGAGAGACGCGAGGCGGAGGGUGGACAGGGCGGCCUCGGUCUGUCCAACGAUGAAGUUGAGGAUGAGAAGGAACUAUGGAGCAUUGGCAAGGUUGAUCUCGGGGAAGACGCUUUUGCAGACGAGUGAUGACCACUUUUACUAGUUAGUUAACUAGUAGUUCGUACAUACU